AGCGUCUGUCAUUCGCUGAAAUAAUUUGAGUUGAACGAAGUCUUCGAUAAUCGUAAUAUCCUGUCUUUCCUUCUUUUAGUUCAAAUUCAAUUUAUAACUGUUUCAACGGUGCAAAGUGCGAGAAGUUAUAAACGCGGGUUGCAGUUUAAAAAUUACAAUUCGUCGGACACUUGCAUAAAUCGGACGUUUUUAAACUUUGCAUUUCUUUGUUCACGUUGUAAAAGGAACCAUGGAAGUUGAAAACAAAGCUACCGAGAUCCGCUGCCAGGAGAUGUCAAAGGGCGGUCUGGCGUACGAGGUGAUCUUGGCAGAGCCGGUGGGCGUGCCUGCGCCCCGACGCGCUGACUCACCGGAGAAGACGCCAUCCGUCGAGGAGAUUCAGGAGAAGCUCAAGGCCGCUGAGGAAAGGAGACGUAGCUUGGAAGCAAGCAAGAUGGCUGCGAUCGCACAGAAGAUGGCCAAGAUCGAGGAGGCGUCGCGCAUCCGCAGCGAGCAGACCAACAACUUCAUCUGUACAACCAAGGAAGCGCUCGACGCCAAGAUGGACUCGCACGAGGAGAAGCGCGAGGCGUACAUCAGCGAGCUGCGCGCACGCCUCAAGGAUCACCUCGAGGGCGUCGAGAAGACCAGGUUGUCCCUGGAGCAGCAGACGGCGGAGGUGUACAAGGCGAUCGAGGAGAAGAUGAACACAGCCGCCGACAAGCGCGAUGAGAACAUCAAGAAGAUGCUCGAACGCUUGCGCGAACAUGAGGAGCAGGUGCAGAAGGUACGCGACGGUAACCGGGAGCGGUUCCAGCAGCUGGAGAGCGCUAUCCAGGAGAAGCUGCAGCAGGCCGCCGAGCGCCGCCUGCAGCUCGAGGCCGAGCAGAAGGAGAAGCUGCGCAACCAUAACAAUAAGCUAGCGGAGGUGAGGUCCGUCAUCACCGCCAAGAUGGAGGAGAUCACCAAAGACAUCGAGGUAAAGCUCACCACCGCAGAGCAGAAUAGGGAAAAGGAGAUACAAAAGAAAUUGGACUUUGUUAAAAAGGAGGAGCGACGCGCCGAGCUUGUGCGACAGAACAAGAACGCGCGCGCCGAGACCGAGCCUUCGCCCACCUCGGGCUAGGCGCUUCGCCCACCUCGCCCUCUGCUGCCGCCACACACAACAUACAACAACGCAACACCACACAACACAACAAUUCAACACAACAACCCAACAACUCAACAACACAACAACACAACCCAACAACUCACAAGCCAGGGACGUAUUGAUACACGAAAAUAUCAAACAAACCGUAGAAUAAAUAUAAAGUAAAAGUAAUUCAAAUAUUUGAAGCGAUUGUUCUCGAAGUUUUUUAUGUAUCAAUAUAUCCGAAUGUAUGGAGAACUGGACAUUUACUUUAAGACCUAGUAUUGCCAUGUCAGCAAAGGUCCAAGUUCGAGUAAUGAGUGAAUCAGUGACGUCACAACACACGCACUGCAGCUGCAAGGAACUGUGCUGUUCCAUUUGAGACUGAAAAUUGUGUUAUAUCUCUUAUUUAAGUUUAAUAUUCAUUUUUUUUAUUAUUUUAUCUGAAUGUUCCUAUUAUUUUAUCAUGAA